UUUUUUUUUCGUUCACUUUGGAUUUAAAUUAUACUUGAAAAUGGCUAAUACUCCUCAUGGUGGUGUUCUUAAGGAUCUUUAUCUUCGUGAUGCAAAUAAGGAAGAACUCCUAAGAGCUGAAGCUUGUACUUUACCUUCAAUUAUCUUGACAGAACGUCAGUUAUGUGAUCUUGAGCUUAUAUUAAAUGGUGGUUUUUCUCCACUUGAAGGUUUCUUAAAUGAAAAGGACUAUAAUAGUGUAGUUGAAAAUAUGCGACUUUCAAGUGGUUUGUUAUGGCCAAUUCCUAUUAAUCUUGAUGUUAGUAAAAGGGAAAUUGAAGAUAAUAAAAUUGAGCCUUCAAGACGUAUUACUCUAUUAGAUCCUCGAGAUUAUGAACCUUUAGCCAUUUUGACUGUAGAAGAUAUUUAUAGACCUGAUAAAUCAAAGGAAGCUAAAUUUGUUUAUGGAGCUGAUGAUUCUGCUCACCCAGCUGUAAACUAUCUUCAUCAUAUUGCCAAGGAAUUCUAUAUAGGUGGACUCUUGGAAGCUAUUCAAGCUCCUUCUCAUUAUGAUUAUGUUUCUAAUAGAUAUACUCCUACUGAAUUGCGUGCUCAUUUCAAAAAGCUUCAAUGGACACGUGUUGUUGCUUUCCAGACUCGUAAUCCUAUGCAUCGUGCUCAUAGAGAAUUAACUGUUAGAGCUGCUCGUCACCGUAAAGCACAUUUGCUCAUUCAUCCAGUAGUCGGUCUGACUAAACCUGGAGAUAUUGAUCAUUACACUCGUGUUCGAGUCUAUAAGGCUUUAAUGCCAAAAUAUCCUAAUGGUAUGGCUGAGCUUAGUCUACUUCCUUUAGCUAUGCGUAUGGGUGGUCCUCGAGAGGCUGUCUGGCACGCAUUAAUUCGUAAAAACCAUGGUGUUACACAUUUCAUUGUGGGUCGUGAUCAUGCUGGUCCUGGUAAGAACUCUCAGGGUGUUGACUUUUAUGGUCCCUAUGAUGCUCAAAAAUUAGUUGAACAAUAUAAAGAUGAAAUUGGUAUUGAGAUUGUUCCCUUCCAGAUGGUUACCUAUUCCCCAGAAACAGAUGAAUACAUUCCUGCAGAUGAGAUCCCCGAAGGCGUAAAGACAUUGAACAUCAGUGGUACUGAACUCCGUCGUCGACUUAAGUUAGGUUUACCUAUUCCUGAAUGGUUCUCUUAUCCUGAAGUUGUUUCUGUAUUGCGUCAAUCACAUCCUCCUCGUGGUCAGCAAGGUUUUACAAUCUUCUUUACAGGCCUUCAUGCCUCUGGUAAGAAUGCUAUAGCCCAUGCUCUCCAAGUCUCUUUAAAUCAAGAAUCUACUCGUACUGUUUCACUUUUAGCUGGUGAAAAUAUUCGGGCUGAAUUAUCUUCAGAGUUAGGAUUCUCUAAACGUGAUCGUGAUAUCAAUAUUGCUCGUCAGGCGUUUGUUGCUGGAGAGUUGACUCGUGCUGGUGCUGCUGCCAUUUUAGCUCCCAUUGCACCUUAUGCUGAAGCUCGCGAUGCUGCUAGAAAGACGAUUGAACAGUUUGGUGGCUUUUAUCUUAUUUAUGUCUCCACUCCACUUGAAGAAUGUAUUAAGCGUGAUCAAGAAGGUAUUUACGAGCGUGCCAAACGUGGCGAAAUCAAGGAGUUCACAGGCCUUGAUGCACCUUAUGAAGCACCUAGUAAUGCAGAUUUAACAGUAGACAUUACAAAACAAUCUGUUUCUCAAGCUGUUCAUGAAAUUAUUCUAUUACUUGAGAAAGACGGUUACAUUGGCUCUGCUUAAUAUUAUAUCCUAAUAAUAUGAAUUAUAUAUGGGUAUUGACAUAUUUAUAGAUAGAUUUUUUCUUUUUCCUUUUCUUUGUCGUUGUAUUUAUAUUCACAUAUGCAUCAUAAUAAAUAAUUUUAAAUGUAUACACAUAUUUACACAUUUAUGAUCAAGGUGUAUAAUUUUAUUGUCUAUACAGCCUAGAAAAAAUAAAAUGAAUGUGCACUUUAUUUGAGACUGACAUCUAAA